UGGUCGGAAGCAUUCCUUUACGUAGACGGGGCUUACCCCCAAAGCCUCCUCGCAAAUCCCCAAAUGCCCGAGACAGACGAACUGUGAACAAAAUGAUGACUACAACCAAGCGCAUGCGCCUCACAUUGCUGGCCUGUGUGUGCAUGCUGCCCCGGUGUCAUUCUGGGACGACGCAUAGCCCUCGCACGGAGAAGGUAUUUGCCAAGCUGAGAGCACUCUACGAUUGCACCAAGUUGGCACUCUCUGAAUCCGGUCACAAUGACACUGGAGCCAGGUGCAACAGGACGUUCGACGGUUGGCACUGCUGGCCACCGGCACCAGCGGGAGCCAUAGCCUGGGCGCCGUGUCCGGACUUCCUUCCUGGAAAAGUGAAUUUUUCUGCGGCAGCGAAGUAUGACUGCCACUUCGAUGGUUCAUGGGAUGGCGACGCUGCUGACUACACAUCCUGCACCAACUCACCCACUGAAGCAUCCGAAGUGAUGCUCUUGCAGCGCAUUGCCGAAGAUUUAGGCGACGACAUGCCUUGGGAACGCAACCUGCACAGCGGUGAGGACGGGAUCGUAGAAGAGAAGAUAGGAAACUUCAAGGACUGCCUCGAGAAUGUCCUCCUAAAACCGUUUCCUCAUUCAGGUUUCAACGAGUCCAUCUGUCCCAGAACGUGGGAUGGCUGGAGCUGCUGGAACGAUACGCUUCCUGGUCACACAGCUUACGCACCUUGCCCUCAAUUUGUGGCCGGAUUUGUACCGUACAGACAGGCGCACAAGGCGUGCACUUCUAACGGAACUUGGUUUCGUCAUCCCGUCACUGGCCAGGUCUGGUCCAACUACACGGCUUGCGUCGACACCCACGAUCUGCAGAACGGCAACUUGGUGAACUCGCUGUACGUCGUUGGAUAUGCAAUAUCGCUGGUGGCUCUGUCUUUGUCCCUCAUCAUAUUUUUUUCUUUCAGUUCACUUCGUUGCAGGCGAAUAACUAUCCAUAAAAACUUGUUCACGUCGUUCAUUGUCAGCAACUUCUGCUGGGUACUUUGGUACAUUCAAGUCGUCGCAGGAACACAUGUAAUCGAACUGAACCCGAACUGGUGCCAGGCCCUGCACGUGGUGACGCAAUACUUCCUGCUAUGCAACUACUUGUGGAUGUUCUGCGAGGGUCUGUACCUGCACACGCUGUUGGUACUUGCGUUCGUCGACGAAGACAAGGCCAUCAAGUGGUUCGUGCUCAUAGGCUGGGGUUUUCCCUUACUUCCAACUGUCGCCUACGCCGUUGCACGUGGCUCAGAUUCAGACGCAUCGAGACUGUGCUGGGUGGAGCAUGAUGUGUGGUACACUUACAUACUGAGUGUCCCUGUGUGCUUUUCAAUGCUGCUCAGCUUUGCCUUCCUCGUGAACAUCCUGAGGGUUUUGGUAUCAAAACUAAGAGCUGUCAAUUCUCGGGACCGGGAGAGUGCUAGGAAAGCUGUGCGGGCCACACUGAUUCUCCUGCCCCUCCUCGGCCUUCACUACGUUGUGACGCCAUUCCGCCCGGAGAGGGAUCGCAUCUGCCUCACGUACGAGAUCUUCUCGGCCCUCGUCACAUCUCUGCAAGGUCUUUGUGUGGCACUCCUGUAUUGUUUCUUUAAUGAAGAGGUUCUUGCAACUCUUCGCAAAGCGCUGUCGCAGACUCCGUGUGCCAGGACGGAAUGGCGUCGUAUGUCCUUCGCCAACUCAACCAUCACUUUCCUGUCAAGAAGAGCGUCCGACGGCAAAGGCUUAUCGCCAUCACCUGGAAACAUUCAGCAGUCCCUGCUGUGAAAGAAAUUAAAGGUGGAAAAAUAUACAGCCCAAUACUCGUCGUCAUCAUGCGCAUUCUGCCCGUCCACGUGUGAUAAUGCGAGGCCUCACGAAUCUUUAGACAUGAACCUCGAUGAACACCACCUGACAUCGGUUACCCUGACAGCCGAACUCUGCAAGCCAUGGGUAAACUUCGGUACACCAGCCACUGCAGACAAAGCAGUAGUACAGCAACCUUAGUACGUUGGUUUAAGAGCCCACAGAGUGCGAAAAAGGACGAUUACACGACAUAAACUGUACGAGUGAAGCGCUUUCACGUAAGAGGCGCCGUACUAGUAAGUACGGCACCUCUUUCCUAUGCAAUCCGCAUUAGGACACCUACAGAGCUUUGGGCCUAAAGGACGAAAUUUUGAAUUGGAUAGGUGUGUUUCCGAGCUGUCCGUGACUUCCUUACUGUGCGUGUGUAUACAUGCCGUGACAAUGGCAUUUGCAUGCUGGGGACUUAGCAGUAAAAAUCAGAGUGAAGGUCUUCAGUAAAUGAGUGAAGGUCUUCUUCUGAGGAAACUAUUGUUUCCGCAAUUCGAUUUUUCCUGCGAA